AUGUCUGCUGCAGUCGCCCCGGCUGCAUCGACUCUCCGAACAAUGUCUUCUUCCCCCAUGGACUCGAAGAAGACUGAAACAGAAGACUCGCAGGUCGCGUCUUCCCAGGAUCAAAAGUCCAACCCAGAGCCUCAGACCUCGUUGGCGCCACCGCCGCGACCGGGUGCGCCUACUGCGUCUGAUACCCCAGACUACUUCAGCUCCAUGCAUAAUCCCUUUUCACUGGAGCCCAAUCCAUUUGAGCAAUCCUUUAGUGGAGAUCCAGCAACGGAGACUCCAGGAAAAUCACUUCUGCCCUCUGUAGCUGCACUCACCUCCCCGGCCAUACCUGGAUCAAACACUGGAAACGGGUACAACUGGUCAAACUCCCUUCGCUCCGGACCCCUUAGUCCCGCUAUGCUUCCUGGGCCGACAGGCGGCAACGACUACUUCGACAGUAUCGGUCGCGGCUUCCCAACCCCGAACGAGUCGUCCCUCCGUACAGGCCUGACCCCUGGCGGUGGUGGCUCUAUGUUCCCUGCACCCAGUCCUAAUUCCCAGGCUCUACUGCAUCAACUUCAGAACGGUGGCGCCACCCCCUCGACUAUUGAUUUCCACCGCACUGCCCUCGCGGCAAAGAAAAAUAACGCGAACGCUGUUACGUCCAAUCCUACUGAGCAGGAACAAAGUAAUGCCAAUAACAUGGAUGUGAAACCCGCCCGCCCGGCCGACUUCACUCAGCACGAUGCGGCUGAUGCGGCAAACGGCCUUUUCAUGCUGGCCAAAGGUGGCCAGGCGAACAAUGCGCCAAUGAACCAGGCCUCCAUGCAAAAUGAUAACCGCUCUGCAGCUGCCCGACGCGUGUCUCAAAAUACCAACGGCACUAGUGGAGAUGAUAUGUCUGACGCGGAACCUGCCAAGCCUGCCAAGGGCAAGGGUAAAAAGAAUGCUCCCAAGCCCGCUGCCGGUAAUAACCGCCGUAAGGCUGAAGAGGCGCCCAAGGGAUCCAACAAGCGGACCAAGAUGAGCAUGGAUAUGCCCUCGGACAUGGAGGAUGAUGAUGACGAUGAUGAUGACAUGAAGAAAUUCCCGAUGGACACGAAGAAAAUGACUGACGAGGAGAAGCGUCGUAACUUCCUCGAGCGUAACCGUGUCGCUGCUCUCAAGUGUCGCCAGCGCAAGAAGCAAUGGUUGGCCAACCUCCAGGCCAAGGUCGAGCUUUUCACUACCGAGAAUGAUGCUCUUACCGCUACUGUGACUCAGCUCCGUGAGGAAAUCGUCAACCUUAAGACUCUCCUGUUGGCACACAAAGACUGCCCAGUCUCUCAGGCCCAGGGUCUGGGUCCCCUCAUGAUGAACGGCAUGCCUGGUGGCUACGAGCACCACGGCUACAACAUGCCUCCUGGCAUGGGCAUGCAGCAAGGUGGAAUCCCCGCACAAGGCAUGCGUCGCUAA